GAAUCACUCUGGUCUGGCCUAGAGCUUGCCACCCCAGUGGAGCCAGGAUAUCAGGAGGGGGCUCAGCUCAGCCCUUCCCUGAGCCAGUGGGAGGUGGGCAUGAGCUCCUCCUCUCUCCUGUGUGUUUCCUGAUCCCCACUCCUCAGGCAGAGAGGGUACCGGAGAAGACUCCAGGCUUUGGGGUCUGCCUCAUCCCUUGUCACCAGGAGUCUGUUUUUCUGAGUGACUUGCCAGCUCUCCCUGGCUGGCCAUCCUCACAGUGGCUCUGAAAGCAACCGGAGAGGCAGCUGAGGGAUCCUGGCUGAUCCGGAGCCCAGCCUCUUGUUUCCUACUCUGCACCAUGAAAAUCCUGCUUAGUAAUGUUCUGCUGCUCAGCCUGCUCUCCAGUGUGUUCAGCAGCUGUCCCAGGGACUGUCUCACCUGCCAGGAGAAGCUCCACCCGGACCCAGACAGCUUCAACUUGAAGGUGUGCAUCUUCCAGUGUGAAGAAAAGGUCUUGCCCCGUCCUCUCUGGACUGCAUGCACCAAAGUCAUGGCCAAUGGCUCUGGGCAGCUCAACCCUGCUGCCUCGGAGAUGCAGCAUCUGAAGCGAAUGCCCCGGGUCAGGAGCUUGGUGCAAACUCGCGAUACAGAGGCUGAUGCAGAUGCUGAUGGGGUGGAACAGAAGCAGCUGCAGAAGAGGUUUGGGGGCUUUACUGGGGCCCGGAAGUCAGCCAGGAAGUUGGCCAACCAGAAGCGGUUCAGUGAGUUUAUGAGGCAGUAUCUGGUCCUGAGCAUGCAAUCAAGCCAGCGCCGGCGCACUCUACACCAGAAUGGCAUCCAGGUGAUCCCCCGAACAGCAUGUGUCCACACCCAGAACUGCAGGCCAGGAGUCAGGAUUCCUUCUUCCCUGAGGCACUGAGUGCCCACAGCCCCUCCCUGCCCAGUUGUUGCCCUCUCCUCAUGGCAUGUUUCACCACAACCCUGUUGCUACAUCAGAGUGUAUUUUUGUAAUUUCUCCAGCUAACAUUUUAAUGGCCCCAUCUUCUCCCUCAUCUUCUGCCCUCUUCUGGGGCCAGGUGAGAGGAAUAUGAAAUCAGACCUGGGGUUUUGCCUCAUCACUGCCAUAACCUGUUUGUAAAGGACCCGUUCUUUUUGACCGAUCGUUUGAAACAACUCUCUCCAUUAAACUUCUACUGAGCAAAUGGUUAAUAACCUCGUUGGCUGUUUUUAAGUGGCAUAAUGAAG